AUAUUAUUUAUACUCCAACAACAACAUUACACACUAACUAAAGUUUAAAACAUGGGAUCACAAAGAAGGGGACCUUUAAAUAGAAGCUGAUUUUGUUUCCCCCAACAAUUAAACAGUUUCCCACAGAAAAAAACGGGGGUGCUGACUUCCCGCACCUAUGUUGUAUAAAGUGGAAUGGGCAUUGAAAUAUGCGUAUACGAUUUUCCACGCACAUGUCGGGAUUUAGUGGAAAAGUGGUGUAAAUAUAUGCUCCCUGCCUUCGAAAACUCCUGAUCAGUGGUUUUCACUCCUUGUUAAGAAGCUGGCAUUUGAGCAUUUGCACAUCCUGUUGUGAUGGUGAGUUUCUUGUUCCCGUGGUUUGCUUACAUUAUUUUGAUCUAUACUUUAUAGCUGUGUGUUGUGAUCAGGGCCGUCCCAAACAUGGUUGCAAUGUGUUUGUUGUCAAACUCCAAAAUAAAAAAAUAAAAAACAUUAUUCUAUUUGAAAAAGUUAAUAAUUGUAUUUCAUUGACAAAAUUUUUUAGUCUGCAUGUUUUGUUGUUGUAUACACUGUAAUUCUGAACUAAAACUUUAUGUUUGUAAUAAAUGUUUGAAAUUAAUGGGAUUUUUAAAUUUUUUAUUACACUUUGCAGAAAAUUAGAAAAUCAAAGUGUUCGUGCCCUCUCCUCCCCACACCUGUUGUUGUGUUAUUGUUCAUUUUAUAAUACCAAAGAACAUAUUAAAAGGAAGUACAAAAUAGAGAUCCAUCUUGGAAAUAAACGAAAACAAAGUGCCUAUUAAAAUCCAAUAUAGUGGCAGAAGAGAGAUGAUUGGAUACAGACAAACAGGGUAGAGAAACGAUUUAACAAUAGACUAAAAGCAGACAAAUGAAAGCCGACGAAUGGGCAGGGUUCAUGUUGUUGACAACCGAGGCAGAGCCCGUCUACAGAGAGCCUUCCCACUCCCUAUUAAGUCCUAUUGUACCGAAUAUUGGUUGCAGUUCCACCAGAGUUCCACUGGGGGCGAUCGCCAUGAGUGCAAAAUGAAUUGGAAUCUAUGGGGCUAGACGACUAAAUUUGUAUUAUGUAGUGUUCCUGUACCUCAAGUGGUACAGCACUGCGUUAGCAAGCAAGUGCAAGGUUGGGGGUUCGAUUCCCCGGAAACACAUGAUAGGUAAAUUGAUAGCCUGAAUGCACUGUAAGUCACUUUGGAUAAAAGUGUCUGCUAAAUGCAUAAAUUUAAAUUGAGAUUUUAUUUAAUUAUAAUUUUUAUUUACCUUCGUCAGCUAUGCCUCCAGAGAGAAGAAAGUGCGGAGCAUGAAAGCACCAGAGCUGUUAAAUAAUUAAAUUUUUCAACGGCUCUGGAAAGCACCAUAGACAUUCUCUGAAAGCACCUAAGCGACUGAAGGAUUGCCGUAAAGCAGUAUCUCUGGGCGUAUGAUGUGUAUGACAUCAUUGACAUUUUAAAAGACUUUUUAAAGCAAAUAAGUGACUCUAAAAAAAUUAACACCUUGCAAUGUUUAAUUUCUUUGCAUCUCCUUUCGAAUACAUCAUUCAAAUUACUAGACAAAAAUUUAUAUCCUGAGAAAAAUGGAUUUUGAGGGGUAUACCGCCAUUGACCUCCAUUCAUUCUGCACUCGGAAUCAUAGUGGAACUGCAACCAGUUCAGAAGCCGGAAGUGUAGUGAGAGUGAAACUUCUCGCCAUAUUAGACACUCUCUGCCCCAGGCCUCUUGAACAUGCCGUAAAUGCACCAUGAGGAUACACUUUUGUGUCGAAAUUGAAAGUAAUAGCUACUUACCGAAUGUUAAAUCACAUUUCAAAACUGCCAUAAAUAUCAUAUUACGACUGAUGAAAGUAUCCAGCCCACUACAAACGACCGUUACGGCCCAUAACCAUUUCAAGCCUCAUGAAUUCAAAGGACACAGGCUGAACAUAUAAAAGAGAAUCACCACCCCUGAUGUCUAAAGCCAGUUUCUUAUUAUGGAGAACAGAGAGAGCAGUGAGAGAGUUUCAUCUUCUGAUUCCAGCUGUGUGUCUCUGAAGAGUGACAUUUCAUUGAUUCUACCUCCUUUUUUCAGUGAUGGACCAGUGACCUCUGACCCCAGAGUGUAUAAAGAAGGUCAGACUGGAGACCUGCAGCAGGAUUCUCCUGAACCAGUGAAUGAUGAACUACAGAGAAUCAAAGACCAGCACAAAACCAGCAUGAGGAACAAGUAUGAGAGAUUAUUUGAGGGACUGAAACUCCAGGAGAAUGAAACCCUUCUGAACAGGAUCUACACACAGCUUUACAUCAUAGAGGGAGAUAGUGAAGGAGUGAAUGAAGAACAUGAGGUUUUACAGAUGGAGAAAAGAGCCAGAACAAAACACUCACAAGAUACUCCAAUCUACUGCAGUGACAUCUUUAAAGCCUCACCUGAACCAGGAUGUGAGGAGAGAGACCAAAUCAAGACUGUUCUUACUAAGGGCAUUGCUGGAAUUGGAAAAACUGUGUCUGUGCAGAAGUUUAUUCUGGACUGGACCGAGGGAAAAAUCAAUCAGGAUGUAGAUUUCAUGUUUGUGCUUCCAUUUCGGGAGCUGAACUUGAUCCAAGAUGAUCAGUACAGUCUUCACAGACUUUUGCUGGACUUUCAUCCUGAACUUCAAGAUCUGGACUCAAAUAUUUAUGAGGAGUGUAAAGUUGUGUUCAUCUUUGAUGGUCUGGAUGAAAGCAGAAUCACACUGAUGUUCUCCGAUGCUCAGAAAGUUUGUGAUGUGACUGAGAUUUCAUCAGUGGGUGUGUUAAUGUCAAACCUCAUGAAAGGAGAGCUGAUUCCCUCUGCUCUCAUCUGGAUAACCUCCAGACCUGCAGCAGCCAAUCAGAUCCCCUCCGAAUACAUCCACCGUCUGACAGAAAUUCAGGGAUUCAAUGAGCCUCAGAAGGAGGAAUAUUUCAGGAAGAGAAUCAGUGACCAGUAUCAAGCCAGCAAAAUCAUCUCACACAUCAGAAGAUCAAGAAGCCUCCACAUCAUGUGCCACAUUCCUGUCUUCUGCUGGAUCUCAUCCACUGUGCUUCAGAGGCUCCUAGAAGAAGAUCUGAGUGCAGAAAUCCCUCAAACUCUGACUGAAAUGUACAUCCACUUCUUGAUGAUUCAGAUCAAUAUGAAUCAGAAGUAUAAGGAGCAAGAUCCAGAGAAACUCCUGCAGUCCAACAGAGAAGGGAUUGUGAAAUUUGCUGAAGUGGCUUUCAAACAGCUGAUGAAGUGCAAUAUGAUGUUCUAUGAGGAGGACCUGAUUGAGAGCGGCCUAGAACUCACUGACGACUCAAUGUAUUUUGGGAUUUGCACUGAGAUCUUUAAGGAGGAAUCUGUGAUUCAUCAGAGGAAAGUCUACAGCUUCAUCCAUCUGAGCCUUCAAGAGUUUUUUGCUGCUUUCUAUGUGUUUUACUACCAUAUCAAUGUAACUAUGGAGAAGCUGAAGAAUUUUGCUUCAGUACAAAAUCUGCUUAAAGGAGCAGUAGAUGAAGCCAUUAAAAGCAAAAAUGGACAUCUGGAUCUGUUCCUGCGUUUUCUGCUGGGCAUCUCACUGGAGACCAAUCAGAGACUCUUACAGGAUCUACUGCCACACACUAAGGACAGCUCUGAGUGCAUCAGACAAACCACACAUUACAUUAAAGAGAAGAUCAAAGAUGGACAUGGACUCUCCACUGAAAGAUCCAUCAAUCUGUUCCUCUGUCUGCUGGAAGUGAAAGAUCAGACUCUGUCCAGAGAGAUUCAGGAGUUUGUGAAAUCAGACAAACACUCAGAGAAACUCUCUCCUGCUCACUGCUCAACAAUUGCUUACAUGCUUCAGAUGUCUGAGGAGCCGCUGGAUGAGCUGAACAUCAAGGAAUACAACACAUCAGAUGAGGGGAGAAGACGACUGAUACCAGCUGUGAUCAACUGCAGAAAAGCCCUUGUUAUUGGCUGUAAUCUCACUGUUCAGUGUUGUGAGAGUUUGUCAUCAGUUCUUCAAUCCUCAAAAUCUGUCCUGAGAGAUCUGGAUCUGAGUAACAAUGACCUACAGGAUUCAGGAGUGAAGGUGCUCUCUGAUGGAUUGAAGAGUCCAAACUGUCAGUUGCAGAUGCUGAGGUUGUCUGGCUGUAUGGUGACAGAGGAAGGCUGUGGGUAUUUGUAUUCUGCUCUGAGUUCAAACACCUCACAGCUGAGAGAGCUGGAUCUGAGCUACAAUCACCCAGGACAAUCAGGAGUCCAGCUGCUCAACCACAAACUGCACGAUCAAAACUGCUCACUGAAGAUACUCAAUGUGGAUCAUGGAGGAGAGAUCAGGAUCAAAGCAGGACCACAAAAGUAUGCCCGUGAUUUCAGGCUGGAUCCAGUCACUACAAACAAUCGACUCAUUCUGUCUGAUGGGAACAGGAAGGUGAGGCGUGUUGGAGAGAAGCAGCCAUAUCCUGAUCUUCCAGCGAGAUUUGAUUAUGCUCCUCAGGUUCUGUGUGUUGAGAGUCUGACUGGACGCUGUUACUGGGAGGCUAAAUGGACUGGGCGUGUUAAAAUAUCAGUGGCAUAUAUAGGAAUCAGCAGGAAAGGGGAGAGAUAUGACUCUAUAUUUGGAUACAAUGACAAAUCCUGGAGUCUGAACUGCAAUAAUGACAGAUUCACUGUCUGGCACUAUAAUAGCUACAGUGAUAUACCUGGUGUCCGCUCAUCCUCUAAUAGAGCAGGAGUGUAUGUGGAUGUGUCAGCUGGCACAUUGUCCUUCUACAGCGUCUCUGACACACACACACUCACACACUUACACACAUUCAACACCACAUUCACUGAACCCCUCUAUGCUGGAUUUGGGCUUUAUGAUGACUCUUCAGUGUCUCUAAGUCAGAUUACACACACACUUGAUUAGAUGCACAGACUAAUCUACUUCAGUGGUCUGCCAUGAUGCUUUAAGCUUGGCAUUGAAUAGUCUCUGGUCCUAUAGAACCCCACAACCCCCCCCCCCCAUCAGACAUAAUUAAGGUGAUAUCUCAAAUGUAAAUUUUUAACUUGUCCAACUACCGUAUUUUUCGGACUAUAAGUCGCACAUAAGUAUAAAGUCGCAUCAGUCCGAAAACACAUCAUGUGAAGGAAAAAAACAUAUAAGUUGCACUGGACUAUAAGUCGCUUUUAUUUAGAACCAAGAGAAAACAUUGCCGUCUACAGCCACGAGAGGGCGCUCUGUUUUCAGUGGUAGACUACAGGAGCACCGAGCAGCAUAGAGCGCCCUCUUGCGUCUGUAGACGGUAAUGUUUUAACUUCAUUGGGAAACAGGGAUCGCUUCUGUGUCAUUGUCGUCCUGAGCUCAUUCUUUACUCGUUUUAAAACAAACUUUCAAUCCCUGGAACAUUUUGAAUUGUAGCUAAACGUCUAACAUCUUUGUCUUUCUUUAACUUUCUUUUUGCAAAACCACUCAAUUGACGUCUGUCCAUUUUGAUUCAUUUUCUGUAGCAGUUAAAAACAAUGACACAUUUGCGCAUACUUGUUGUGGACCAACUCAACUCUGACAGGGACAGAAGGGGGGGACUGAUAGUGGUCAUGUAAUCUUUAUUUAUUUAUAAUUUAUUAUUAUUAUUAUUGUUGUUGUUGUUAAGUUAGUGUUCAUAAACUAGUUAUGUAUGGUCUUUC